CGGCGGAAAAAUUCCCCUCGCAACCGAUCAAAUCUCACGCACAGAUGGCACCCGGCGGCGACACCGUGGAUCAGUCCAAGAUACACAAUGAACGGGUGAGAUGAGCGGCCGCGGAGCCUCUUCUGUCGACUUCCUUCAUCGUGACGUCCUCGUAGCUGCGCCUCAAGAUCCAACCGCAACCUCCCAAGUUCCCCUUCCAGUCCCAUCCGUUCGAGAUCACGGUUUACCUCGUCGACGAGUCGGACAACCUGAAGACAGGCAUCGUGAUGGGGCUUCAAGUGGAUCUCCUCGUGGGGGACAAACCGACUUCGAGCUCCAAACCGCUCGUCACGAUCGAUCCAUCGACGAAACCCAUCAUCAACGGCGAUGGCAUGUGCUGCUUGAAACUCGCGAUCGAGGAGACGUCGAUGACUCACGGAAACAAGAAGUUCCAGUUCCUUUUAACCCCGAUCGGGAACGACUACGAGGUCGCCCCAGUCAUGUCGACCGACAUGACGUGCAUCCGUCAUCGCCUUGUGAUCCAAGAAGAACUCCCUGAACUUUGGUACAAGGAUGAAGGCGGUCGCGACAAAUGCAUGCCGUUGCCCGUGCUCCUCGUCGACGCAACGAACCAACCAGUCGGGCACCGCGCCGUGCCUCUUCGCGUGACGCUCCUGUACGAAAACGAGCAUGCCGUGUUAAAACAAGACAUUCUCAAGCUAUCUCCGGACUCGCAGCGCGUGAUCGACAACAACGGGAUGGCACUGCUCAAGCUCCGUAUCGAAGACGUCAGCAAGAAUCACCAAGGCCAGGCGUUUCGGCUCAAGGUCGAGCCGGACACGGCGCAAUCUCCACUGCACUUCGACGUCGCGCCGGACUGGAGUACGCCGAUUUCAGUCCGAUCCAAACGAAACAAGCGACGCAAUGGCGGUGGGACGUCGUCGACUUCGCAUCAUCCUUUGAUCGAUCCGUUGGAGUCGCCGCGAGGUGGCGAACACGGCCACCACCCCGGCACGACGGCGUUCGACAUGGACUCGCGUCCAUCCAAGCGCAGUGCGAACGGAAUGAUGCCAUCUUCGUCGCCGACGUCCCAUGGAGGCGCGCCGUCGACAUUGCAUCCGUCCAUGGAAAGUAUCCUCCGAUGGACAACAUCCGUGAUCCACGGGUUCCAGCAACUCGAGUGGCAGCCGAUUGGGUACGAAAUGCGGCUGGACGGGAGCCAGGACAAGGACCGUCCCAUCUUCCGGUGCCCAGCAUGUUGGCGGUACAAGGACACGAUGACAAUGGACUCGCAGCAACAUGAAAGCAAGUGCCUCAUCGCGAACGUCCUCCUCACAUAUGCGUCGGACACGGUCGGCCACUUGGACGCGCUGCUCAAGUUGACCGAAAAAUUCGCGUCGCCGCCACAGCAGUCCAACUCUGCCCAGGCUGUGCCACCGUCGACACAGUCCUCGUCGAUGGGACCACCGCCAUUGACACGUGGCAUCACCGACAUGGUGAACAGCUUGGACGUGCCACCGUCGCUCUUCCGUGGCUCAUCUGGCGGUCUCUCAGAGUUCAUGAUGGGCGAUUCCCACGCAAGUGUGGGAGGGUACACGACGUCACCAGAGAUCACACAAGCCAUUGAACGGCAGGUUUUCUGUGUGUUGGCGCGCACAUACGUCGUCGAGUCGUCCAACCGCCCGGUUGGAUUGCCUGCCUUUGAUCGUGCGCUCAACCUGCUGGGGUUCUAUGAGGAAGCGCUGAACGGUGUGACCCAGAUUAACUUUGUCCCGAUGAACGACGUCCCAGGCCUGACAUCCCCAGACGUGAACCAGUGCCGACAAAACGUGUUUGGCGAGAUGAAGGACCCCAACACCAAGAUCCUUUUCCAGGUCGACCGGUUCAACAGCCUCGCCGAGAUGAAGGAGAAAGUCUUCUUCUACGUGUGGGAGAACAAGGCCCAACCCCAGCAGCAGCAUCCACAACAACAGUCCAAUCAUCAGUCUUCGCGGGGUCAUUGGGCGGUCUAACGCAUCGAUCUAGUGGAAUCCGUACCCCUGCCGCCGCGGGUCGCGUCGAUCCAGUGCGCCACAUCGCGUGGCGGCCGACAUCGAAUUACGUGUGUGUUGCAUCGACCAAUCAGGUCGUGGGAAGGUCGACACCAUAUUUUUAUACAAGUAUAUCAACUUCCUUACAAAUGCCAAG